CGGAGCCGAAACCAGAGGAUGAGGUAAUGCCGGAACAAAUAGAUAUUUGUCGAGCAUGUCUCCUCAGCAAUUCUUCGAUGAGAGGCCUCUUUCAUAAUGACAGCAACAUCAUGCUCUCGGAAAAAGUCAUGGCUCUUACUGACGUUAAGAUCAUGCCAGGAGAUGGAUUACCCUCUCACAUUUGCUGUGAUUGUUACAACAAGCUUGAAUCAGCUUACAAGUUUAAAUUGCAAGUUGAGCAAGCUGACACAGUAUUGAGAGAUAAAGUAGACUCUUUACAUAUGAAGGAUGAAUACUUUUUCAAUCAAGUCAAUGUUAACCUAGUUCAUCAUAGAAAUGAUGUUAGUGAAAAUAGCCAGGAAAGUUUAAUAUUAAAAGAGCACAUGGAUCUAUUGAGUGAAAAAAUAGAUGAAGAGGUACUCCAGAGUGAACAUAGUGAUAAGAAAGAAAAUGUCAUGAUGGACGGUCAAAUAGUAGGAACACAUGAUAAUAAACAAGAAGGCCAGGAAUUUCUCCAAAAUAACAAUGAAAUUUCAAUUGAAACCCAUCAAGAAUUUGGCAUGGAGCAAGAGGUGCAAAUCCAACAAGUACCAAAUGAACAGAAUAAUCAAUUUGAAACAGAAGAACUGCAAGAUUUGAUGCUCAGUGAAAUAAGAGAUAGAGAAGAGUUACAGAAUGAUUUGAAUCAAGUACACCAGAUGGCCCUUGAUGAACACAAUUAUGUAGCAGACUCCCAACAUUUAGAGAAUGUUGCUGAAAACGAUGCAACAAUUGUACAGGAAACACAAAGUAGCACAGAAGAAAUUAAGGAGGAAGAAGAUUCCUUAAAUGAAAAACCCGAAAUCAUUAGUACCCCCAAUGAGGCACAACCAAAUGAAGCGACGCGCCGUAGUCAGCGCAAAAUAAAUCAGAGGAAAGCUCGAGAAAACGAUGAAGUAAAUUAUUUUGAAAAUCUAAAUCUUAGUUCAAGAUUGAAACAAGUUCAAGUAGACAAGUCGGAAAAGGUUUACUUCAUGUGCUUUAUAUGCGAUAGACAAUUUUUAUCAAAAGAUGCUCUAAGAGAGCAUAUGCAGACACACGAAGAACUAAGAAAAAGUUUUCCAAUUGUCAAACGAACACCGGAAAAGACGCCAAUUGUUCCGAUAAGUCCAUCCCCUCCAAAAAUAUCAUCAAGUGGAAAACAACCAAACACUUGUCCUCAUUGUGGUAAAGAGUAUCUUUACGUCAUAUCAUUCAAAAAGCACUUACAACAGCAUGAAAAAGAUAAAAACGAGGUCAAGGAUGAAAUGAUGCCUCUGGAAGUAUCAUUUAGAGAAGAUGACGAUAGUCUCGAUUAUCACGGCUACGAUGACAAUCCAAUUGAUUAUAAUAAUUACGAAAAAGUAAAGAGUGAAGGCGAUGAAACGCAAAUAAAGAAUGAUGCAAAUAUGUAUGGCUUACUGAAAUGUAGCGUAUGCGCGGAAGCUUAUGACACAAUUGAAAAAUUGAGAGAUCAUCGAAUGAAACAUGUCGUUGAAGGCGUACUCAGUAAACAGGAUCUCGAAAAUAUGGCGGAAACUACUAUAUCAGACUUUACGACAGAUAAUUCAAAGGAACAAAUCAUAAACAACAAACAAAGUAUAAAAGAUAUAAAACUGCAAAUUACAAAGCCAAUACCUAGUCUUACCAAGUACUACUGCAAAGUCUGUCACGAAUCUUUCACCAGAAAAGAUCUUUUACGGAAACACUCCGAGGUUCACGGAAGCAAUCUAAAAGGUCUAAAAAGGUUCAAAUGUACGCAGUGCAAUAAGACGUUUAACAAUGAAUUAACUCUUCGUAAUCAUCUCAUUGCGACAAAUCACAAGACGAUAAUGCAGGGGCAAGAAUACGAUCCUAACAAGAGGAUUAAAAGAUCAGCUGCUAAAGCAGCGCAGAAAAUUAUUGAUCAGAUAAAGAAUUUGGACGAAUCUGAGGAUGAACCAGAUAAAGAAAUGGAGAAGGAUCGCGAUUUUGAAGAAAGUAUAGAAAUGUCGUCUGUAGUAGAAGACAUUCAAUUGAAUUUACUACAUGCAACCAAGAAAUCUCAACGAAACCCAAAGAUUUACAGUUGUGCGACGUGUAACUUGAAAUUUCCUUCGAAGCAAGCCCUAACUAAGCAUAUGGAGUUGCACUCAAUAGAUGAAAGUUCUAGUAAAUCUGAAUCAACAAAAAAGAAAGAAAUGUCGGUUAAAAAAGAAUUGGAUGACGACGAAGAAGAUGAUGACGACUUUGAGGGUGGUCUUGAUUGGCCGAUGGACAGUCACGAGUGCCCUACGUGCAAAAAACAGUACAGCACAAAAAAGUCACUACUCCGUCAUCAACUUUUGCACGAAGAACCAAACUUUGAGUGCGACAUCUGCAAUGUCAAGUUCUACAGAAAAGACAAACUAAAAGCACAUUAUGAUAAGUGUUCGGAGAAAAAUCCUGAUCAAGUGCGAAAAUGUAAUAUUUGUGGGGACAUAUUUGAGAAUAAUGAGAUUCUUAGGGAGCAUCGAACGAAGCAUGUUAUAGAAGGUAUAUUGUCGGAGGAAGAUUUACAGGAAAUCGAACCUAAACCAGAUGACAACGAUUGUGAGAAAGCACCAAGAAAAAGGAGGACGGAUAUCGUGGGACUCGAAUGUCAAGAGUGCAAUAAGCGUUACACUUCCAGAAAAGGAUUACUGCGUCAUAUACAGGUACAUGAAGGCAAGAAAUAUCUAUGCGAUAUUUGUCCAAAGAAAUUUUACCGACGUGAGCACUUGAAAUUACACGUAGCUAAGCAUAAUAUGAUCAAGCCAUACAAGUGUCUGAAGUGCCCAAAGCGUUUUAUCAAGGAAGAGCAAAUGAAGAAUCAUUUACUAAAGCACGAGCGAAUUACGAAAAAACCUAAAGAGUCCGACACACUAAAACGGUUCCUUUGUGAAAUAUGCUCGAAGAGUUUUACUCAGUCGACAACCCUCAUAGCUCAUUUAAGAGCUCACAACGGCAUCAAACCCUACGUUUGCGAGGUUUGCUCCAGGCCGUUUACUACCAAUGCUUAUUUGAAGAUGCAUAUGCGUACCCAUACCCAGGAAAGACCGUAUAUUUGUCAGUAUUGCUCGAGAGCUUUUGCCAGGGCAGAUACUUUGGCAAAUCAUCUGACUUCUCACACUGGAGAGGCCAAGUACAGUUGUAAAUACUGCCCAAAGCAUUUUAGGAGGCUGAAGUCGUUAAAAGAACACGUGUUUAUUCAUACUGGCCAAAGGCCGUAUGCUUGCCCUACCUGCGACAGGAGGUUCAACAAUAACGGCAGCAGGUAUGCUCAUAGCAAGAGAUGUAAACAAAACCUCGUCCAAGGUAGGCAAAACAAUCAAAUCUCUGUGCAAGAAUUGUGUGCGCAAGAACAAGAGGAACAAGAAGAGCAGCAGCUACAAUUAGAAGAGACGCACGAAUUAAGGUUGCAACAGGCAACGAUAAGUCAAGCUCAGAUUAUUAAGCCGCAGAACAUCAAGACUAUCACCUUUGCAAGACCUGGCGCGACCAUCGAGCAGCCACAUGUACUAACCAAUCAGGACGUUUAUAUGCCGCUUAUUUUUGUAGGCAGCGAGGAGCUGAUUGCUCUGUCUGAAGGCAAUAAAAUUUUCACGAGUUAGGCAGAGAGAGAGACUUUUCAAAUACACAGAUGCAAUAAUCGGUGGAUCAUAACUUACGCUAAUAAGUUCUUAAUACUACUAACUUACGCUAGUAGUGCGACUAAAAAAUUAUGUUACAUAUUUGCAGUAGUAGUUUUAUAACCAAGUUAAUUUGUAUGAAUGUAACAUAUAUUGGUAUGAUUUAUUAUUUUAUAUUUAGUAAAAUGAUUUGUACUCCUGAAAAUACCAGUUAAAAUGUAAAUUUUUCAA